AUGUUGCAUAGUUUUACCAAGAACAGAAUUGGAAGUGGACUCAUAAAGUCAGCAAACUCGAUAAGAGGAAAUAUCGGGUUUACAAAUGGAAAUUUCUCAAACGCAUGGAUACAUAAUCAUGCAAUUGGCAUACACACAAAAGUGAGAAGGAGUUGCUUGAACAAUAUAAUUAGAAGAUUGAGUUCUCCCAGUUGUAGUAUGACCCACACAAGAGGAUUGCUAAGGACAUGUAGAGAGAUUGGAACUCUGAGUCGGAGAAACUUGGGAAAAGAAAAUACUGAUGAAAGCUUUUUCGAGGGAGAGCAUUUAAAUAGAAAGCUAGGAGGAUAUGGAUAUCCAAUGAUGUUUAUUGUGACUUAUGAUAGACCAAGUUGGCAACCAUUCUGGGAAAAUGAAUACGAAGUUAUACCAAGAGAUGAAUUUGGAGUUCCUUCUAGCAUUCCACCAGAGUUGUCAACUCAGAUUAAACACACAUAUUAUGUACCUCCCCAAUUUUAUACAUUUUUAAAAAAAUUAGGGGAUGAUACAGAUGAGUUAAGACCAUAUAUGACAAAAUUGAUCAAAGGAGAAUUCACCUAUGAUGAUUAUCAAGAAAUGUUUUAUAAAUUUGCAAAACCUUUAAAAAUAUUUAGAAGUAAAAUACCAUUACCAUACAGAUCACCGGAAGAAAUAUCCAAAGAGGAAGAAGUGAAAUGGGAAUCUGCAUGGUACACAUAUCGACAGAAGGUUUUAGCAGAGUAUAAUGUGACAAUGUGUUUAAGGGAAUUUAUAUUGUAUAUGACUGUGGGUUUAUACUUUGCUUACCUGUGGCUUGAUGCCUUGAGGCAGUACCGUCUUGACAUGAAGCUUUUUUAUUUGGAGGCACCCGAGCACAAGAUCAAUUGGGUCAAGCCUCGCGGUGACUUGGUCUGA